AUGCCUCCCAAGAAGGUCGCCGCUCCUAAGGAGAACAUCUCCCUGGGCCCCUCUGCCCGCGAUGGCGAGCUCGUCUUCGGCGUUGCCCGUAUCUUCGCCUCCUUCAACGAUACCUUCGUCCACGUCACCGAUCUGUCCGGCCGUGAAACCAUCACCCGUGUUACCGGUGGAAUGAAGGUCAAGGCUGACCGUGACGAGUCCUCCCCCUACGCCGCCAUGUUGGCUGCCCAGGACGUCGCCGCCCGCUGCAAGGAGCUUGGCAUCAACGCUCUGCACAUCAAGAUCCGUGCCACUGGUGGUAACGGUACCAAGACCCCCGGCCCUGGUGCCCAGUCUGCUCUCCGUGCUCUGGCCCGUGCCGGCAUGAAGAUUGGCCGCAUUGAGGACGUUACUCCUACCCCCUCCGACUCUACCCGCAGAAAGGGUGGUCGCCGUGGUCGUCGUUUGUAA